UCUCUCAGGACCAGGCAGCUCCAGGACAGAUCUUCUUGUUGAAAAGUCACAGUGAGGACAUCUGAAGAUGGAAAAAGCGUACCCACCACAGGAAUCCUCUCCACCGUACCCUGGACCACCAAUGAACUACGGUGGUGUAGCACCUCCGCAAGAAAUGUAUCCUCAGCCGGGAUUCUCACCUGCACCGCCAUUUGCUGCCCACCAGACAGUCGCUCACGUGGUCGUGACACCUGCACUGCAGGACGCCCCAGGACAAGCGCUGUGUCCCCACUGUCACCAGACUGUGGUCACCGUCACAGAAGUGAAACCAGGCCUCAUGACCUGGGCCAUCUGCGGCGGCCUCACCAUCUUUGGAUGUUUUCUUUGCUGCUGCAUCCCGUUCUGCAUUGAUUCCUGCAAAGAUGUGGAGCAUCACUGUCCAUCGUGCAACAAAGUCAUCUACUUAUACAAACGAUUAUAA